AUGUAUAUUGAGAGACGCCAGUUUAUAAACGAUUUGAAGAAGCAUCAAAGCCAUCUCGAAGAAAUAUCUCAACGAAAAAACACUGCCAUUACAAAAUCAAUUAAAGUCUAUGAUGAGAGGGAGAAACUUCAAAGGAAGAUCCUUGACAUUUCAGCCAAAUUCACCAAAGAGAGUGAUUCAUUCGAAGCAGAGGUGAAGGAACGCCAAAGAAGUAACAAUUAUGUUAACAGAUUAAAUGACUUCAAGAAAAUAAUAUCUAAGUGUCGCUACAGAAAAUCAGUCUUACCAACAAAAGGAGAAGAUCCGGCGCUAAAUUACGAAACUCAGCUUAAUCAGAUUGAGAUAUAUGAAGGAGCUUUCCAUAAGCUAUUUCAAAUUCUUGGUGUCAAGGAAGUCUCUCAAAUAAUUACAAAUUUCAAGACCAACGAAGAGGAAAUUCAUCGAUCUGUGGAGUAUAUCAAUAAAAAUAAUGUCGAUCGUUCUCGACUUAAGAAAGAAAUCGACAUGCUUGAGGAACAGAAGUUCCACACAAUGGCAUCUAUGAAAACUAAUGACGAUAAAUUCCGUCAGCAAAUCUUAAAGCUAGAUGCAGUAAAAGAGGAGUAUUCCCAUGCAAGUUCAGGAAAAUUGACACUUUCAAAGAAUUUGUGCUCAACAAAAAGAAUACUUGAACUUGUGCUUGCAGGGAUUAAGCAGCUGGCUUUACUGGUUCACUGUGUGAUUGAUCCAGAGGAGGAUAUGGAUUCUUUAGUGCCUUUCAGUGUUGAAAGGGUUAUGCUUGCUAUUGAAGAUCGAAUCGGCUACCUUCAUAGCGUGUACAAAUCUCGAAAAGCUAUGCCUCUGGCUGAAAGGCAGACUACAGAGGAUAUUGUACGAGAUACUGAAAGUCUAACUGACUCCGCUAUCAGUGAAGGUGGAACGCUAACCAGAUCAAUUGAUGAUUUACCUUCGGUUGGGUAA